AUGGCCGCAUGGCUCGAUAUCCUAACCGAUGCCGCCGGUCGCACCCUGGUCGAUACGGGACGGCUAGAGAAGCUUGUAGGAGACCUGGAGAACCCCGAGUCUCAAUCGCCGUCUCUUGUGUAUUUUGCCGGUGGCGACUCCCGCGUCGCCGCGCUCCAGGCCUUGUUCCCCUAUAACAAUAUCACACGGCGAGGCCAAACGGGAUUCGUACGGUUGCACAUCAGUACUGACACUGCUAGGACCCAGCGCCCUGUUUUCCUGGCAGAGGGAGAUCUCAGAGCCUACCCUACCAAUUCCGUUACGCAGCUGGAGCGGAUGCAGAGACUCCUGCUGGCGCCCCGUCGCAAACUGACAGUGGGGGCACAGCGGCUCUCGUCCCCUUCGCAGGUGAUUGUUGUCUUGACCGGGAGCACUUGCGCCUCCGUCGACAUGGCCGUGGAGACGACGCUUUGCUCUUGGCAAGACGACCCCCAAAUAGAAACCACCCUUGUUGACCUGCGGGGCCGACAGAUGCUCUCUCCGACAGCUAGGUUCGACCCGCUGCGUCGGGCGCUUUCAACAAGUCUCCACGUCGCACAGAGACGGUGGUCUGAGAAUGGCAUUGCAUUCUCUGCGGCUCACCUGUACGCUCUUUGGGAACGAACGAUCCAGUUAGAGGUCGGGACCGCUGUCCACUCGGCGCUGGACUGUCUGGCAAUUGCGCGAGAGAACCACAGGCAGACAAUCUCUACAGAACACAUCCUAUCGUUUUUGACCGAAGCCAGCCCGAGCGGCACAGGGACAGAGGCAGAGGCGCAUGCUUUCAUCGCCGCGGCGCUGAUCAUGCAUGCCUAUCCGCCCCGGAUGCACACUUUCGAGGAACACGGGUCAUCGGAUGGUAAGUUUGAUAGCGGCCAGAUAUAUCACUACUUCGAGCGCUUCUUCGAGCAGCGACAAGCUGGGAACCCAGCAUCCAUCAUUCGGCGAGCAAGCGCGAAUGCAUUCCUGGUCCGCUUCGGAGGACUCCGUUCCACGUCGACCUGCUUCUCCUGUCUUUGCAGGCCGCCCGAGUACGCGCUGCCCUGCGGACACGCGAUCUGUGGUACCUGCGUGAUCAUCUUCGGCGCCAAGGCGAGUCGAGGAGAAUAUCACUUUGACGUCAAUGAAUGCCCCCUUUGCGGGGAAACCUGCCAGAUGACAGUACGGCAGCUCCCGCCGACAAAGCGACCGGUGCUCCUCAGCUUGGAUGGCGGAGGGAUACGGGGGAUUAUACAGUUGGGACUGAUCUGGUCCCUGGAUCAAGCGUUAGGUGGGGAGAUACCGCUUAGCGAGAUAUUCGACUUGUGUGCGGGCACCAGUGUCGGGGGAUUGAACCUGAUGGAUCUGGUGUUUAACGGUUCCCGUCCGGAGACGAGCUUUCAAAGCUUCUCCGGAUUCGCCAGAAAGAUCUUCGAGAAGCCCGGGGUGGUCAACAUGCCCUGGGCCAAGUGUCUCAAAGGGUUUCUGAAGGAUGGCCAAUAUGACGGCCAGAAUCUAGAGGGGGUGUUGCGAGGGCAGCUGGGUUCCAGCCGUCGGAUCUUCAGCGCUGAGACGACUACAUACCCGGGUCCCAGAGUCGCUCUGAUCACCAGUCGGAUUUCCGACGGCAAAGCUUGCGUCCUGGCUAAUUACAGGGGGUCCGGAAAUCGACAGGAAGACUCGGCAUACGAGUUCCUCGUCUCUGGCACAAAGAGCGAAACCCCUUUGCUGUGGGAAGUGUAA